CGACAACCUCGUCCACCUCGAGGAGUUCGAGAAGGCGCUCGCCCGCGCCGCCGUCAAGCAGGGCGACGAGCAGCGCCGUUUCGCCGAGCUCAUCCGGCGUCACGAGCCCGGAUUUGGGGCGACAGCGUCAAGGAACCCGGCCGGCGACUUGGAGAUGGAGCGGGCCGACGAGCUGAACGCGACCGGCCAAGCUUUGGAAAAGACGGUGCAACAGGAGAGGGCCGCCGAGAACAGCCGCACUAAUGAGAGGUCGCGGCUCCGGCAGCAGAUCAGCGGCCUGGAGGAGGAGAUUAGCCAGGCGCGCAAGCAGCUCGGCCCGCUCGAGGCAAAGUCCGUCCUCUACGACACGUGGAUCGAGGAGUCAGAGGCGAAACACGGCUGCCCGCUGUGCGACCGGAAAUUCCCGUCGAAAGCCGGCUAUAAGGACUUUGUGGAUAAGCUCUCGAAACUCUCCAUCUCGCUGCCCGGCGAGAGCGAGCAGCUCGCCCGGCAGGUGGCCGAGCUCGAGCAGGAGGAGACGCUGCUCGUCAACGCCGACGCGAAGGGCCAGAAUAUCGAGCCCCUGGCGGCCGCCCUGCGCGAACUCGAAGCUCAAACCGAGGCAGGAAAUCGUCGCCUUGCCGAGGCUGAGCGAGAAUUGACGGAGUUGAACAAGCGCCGCGGCAGCGUCACCAACAGGCUCGACGCGAUCAACCGGCUUUUGCUCGACGUCAACAUGAUGGACUCGUUACACGGCAGCCUGGAGGCCGGGAAGGCCGAGAUUGACAGGCUAAACCGUCAGCUGGGUGGCCAGAGCGGAGCCCGAUCGUUGAGUGACGUCAAGGCCGAGAAGGUCGAGCUCGAGGAUGAGGUCAACAGGUUGCUGCUCGAGGAAGACCGACUCCAGAACGAGUACAACAAGGUCAACCAGCUGGCAGAGGAGAUCAACCGCCUGCAAUCACGUCGCCUUGAACUUGGCGAAGGUGCGGCGAACUUGGCGCAUUUUGACGUGCAAAUCCGCGAAAAGGAGCAAGAGGCCACGCAACUGAAGGAGGAGUCGGCGGCGUUGCGGCCACGUAUUCCGGAUUUGCGGAUGGCGGAAGCG